AUGGACCUCGGCUGUUCUUCCCGCCCGCACCGCGAUAAGGGCAAAGCAAGGGCACUCGAUCCCACACACGACUGCCUACAUUCGGGCAGCUCCUCGGCAGGCGCAAGCACGAGCCAACGUGCCAACACCGCCCGUCUCGUCGCGCACAGUGUCCCUGCGGACGCAGACUACCAAGCCAAGGGCAAGCACAAAGGCGAGGCCGAGCAACAGGCAUUCGAGCCUAGUCUCGCAAGCUUCCCAUCUAGCCCCUACUUGCCUUACUUCGACGUCCCCGUGGCAGCCCGCCGCUCUCGCCGUAUCCAAGCUGCCAAAGAUGGCUCGGAUGAGCUGCACUGUCGAUCGUCCUCUGAUACCUCUUCCCACAAGCGUUCCCUCAGGGACACGGCUACCAGCUCUCCAGAUCAGCCAGCAAUACCCCUCGGCCCAGUCGCAGGCCCCUCCUGCCCCAUCAGGAGGCACCAUCGCGAUCUUCCUCCCCUAACCCGCCAAGCAUCGCCCGAUCCAAGCCAGGCUGCCACCCCAGCCUCAGCCUUGCGCUCUCGAUUCAACCUGGCCAACAAGAAGCGUCGCUCCGAGAUUCCCGAUGGGAACGACAUGAGCCUCCUUCAACCCACCACUUCGCGCCAUCUCCUUCCGAACCCACCGACUCCACAGCUACGCCCAAGCGCGCGCGCACACAGCCCUGCCUUGGAGCCUCAUUCCAGCGCCGCCAUCCGUCCUCGGCGCCCCUCGUUGCUCGUCAACAGCGGCACCACCACCGAUGUUCGCUCUUCCAACGCCGUCGCCGCCCUGUGCGAGUCUCCAGAGCCCAUCGACGACCUUUCAUCGUCCCAUCCGUCUCGGCGUGACCAGCUGGAGCUGCGAUCUGCCCACUUCGCAGAGUCAAGAGCACAGCGCUCCCUCGGCACAUUGCGUCGUCGGCGAGGCUUCUACUCGCGCGACCCCUCUUCCACAAACCCAGAUACGCCGACGCACCAGUUCGAUGCGCUCGCCGCUCGUCACGACUCGCUUCUCGGCUCUUCCAGCAUGCCUAGACAUGAAGGGCAAGCUCAACUGUCAGCUCUCCCUCCCUACAGCCGGCAAAACGACCUUGCGGCAUCUCAGCGAGCCUUUGCCCACCAUCGCCCACUCCCUCUCGUCGAGCCCAACGAUCACGCGCAUCGCAAUCCUCCCCAGUUGCCUCACGUGCGCGCCGCGUCCCCGCUUGCCAUCUCCUUCGCCUCCGACGCAGAUCACGAAGCUCCCGCUCCACCCCCCCUUCGCCAUCUCACCACAAUCACAUCUCGUCGCAGAGCAUCGACUCAACUCGCUCCUGGCCGCCAGGACGACGACCGCCAUGUCUCCAACACACCCGCAUCUAACGCCAUCUUCAACCGCGCACAGUCCCAAGUCUCGGCUCAUUCAGAUACAUCCAGUGAUCAACUCAGCCUCUUGGCAAGCGCACAUCGCUAUGCGUCGCAGCCAUCGUCUCUCCGCGUGCCUUCAAUCUCUGAACGAUACACGCCCUACCAAUGGCACGACGAUCGUCCACGUGCUCAUGUUCGAUUCGGCGCCACCGACCACGAAGCCCUGGGCCGAGAAAGCCAUGACGUCCGGGGAUUUUCUGCAUUGCAUCGGCGCAAUGUGAACCCUCAUCACAGUCGCCCGGAUGCCGCCACAGGCAGCAUGCACGAUGGCCUACAGCCAUCGCGAAACGCAAGUCAGCGACGCGAAACAUCCGACUCCUUACGCCGGCUGCGCGAACCAGCAUCUUCGGAGCGAGAGCCUCUGCCAUGGAGGAGCACCCAUUUCGGGCUGCGGACGCCUUCGCAAGCUUCGGAACGCCAGACAGGCGCGCCAUCGCGCUACGAGUCCCUGUUUCAAAGCACCGGCUCCGACUCGCGGCCGACGGCGCCACUGCCCGCAUCGCGAGGCGCGCCUCCAGCCUGGACGCGGCACGCACGAAACGCCGACGAGUCGGCACUCGAGUACCUCGGCCGCCUCAUGAGCCACGACAGCAUGCUCGACGAGUGGAUGGCGGGCGACGUGCACGCUGCGUCGCUACGCAUGGCGAUCGAGUCCGAGACUUGGAAUACGCACUUGCGUCCGCUGCAGCUCGGACUGUCCGCGGCGUCUUCUUCGAUGGUGUUUGGCCACCACGGCUCCCACCUCGCGCUGGACGCGCGCAACUUUAUCGCCGACGAGGACUGGGCGGAGCUCAACUCGUACGAGGCGCUCAUGCAGCUCAGCGAACGGCUGGGCGCCGCCGAAGUGUGCGUGCCCGCCAGCCUCGUCGACGCGCUGCCCACGUGCGAGUAUGCAAAGUGGGACGGCGGCUCGUGUGCGCCGCGCGACGACGCCGUGUGUGCCAAGGGCAAGGGCAAGCAAAAGGCGGCGCCGCCACCGGCGGGCAGGGACACCAUGUGCCCGAUCUGCCGCGACGACUAUGCGGAUGCGGACGUGCUGAUGAGCAUCAACACGUGCCACCACGCCUUCCACGCGCACUGCAUCAGGACGUGGUUCAAGACGGCCAAGACGUGUCCGCUGUGCCGUGCGGAUGCAUUCGACGGCGUCAGCCUGCCCGCGCUCCCCUUUGGCAGCACCACGGCCAGCUCGACGACAGUCGAGCCCAAUGCGCUGUAUCCGCCGUGGAGCUUCGAUUUCUGA